GUAAAUAUCGAAAAUCACUCUCGUACGAUCGAACAAAAUUAAUCGAAUUACGGAUAAAAUAUUUCUGUAAUAAAGAUAAUUAGCUUUUUAUCGUUUUUAUAGUUUACACGUUGGAUUAUGAAGUUGUUUGCGAGAGAAGAAUUAGAAGAGAAGUUGCAGCGAUUAAGGAAAAGUUUUGCUAUAUUUUAUAACCUGGAAUGGUGGAGUGUAAUCUUCCUAAUAAUUUCCUAAUGUCGUUUGCAUCGAUACUGCAGUGGAGUCAAUCAAAGAUGCUUAAAAUGAGCCUGAUGCAAAGGAAUCUACUAUCAUGCUUGAUGAGCCUCUAUUUCCUUUUUGUGAGCGAGGCUUAUCAGAGGAAGGAUGGCAACAAGGAUGGUUCGAAAUUGAUAAGGAUUAAUGGCGAUAUCAUUCUUGGAGGAAUUUUUCCUAUGCACGAACAGGUAUGGGUAAGAUCACGUGGUGCUGGUACAAUCGGUGAAUCACCCUGCGGUGCAGUAAAGGAAGAAAAAGGUGUGCAACGAUUAGAAGCAAUGUUAUAUGCAUUAGAUGAGAUCAAUGGUGAUCUUGAGCUUCUACCAAACACAACAUUGGGUGCAUUAAUAUUAGAUUCAUGUAGCAGCGAGACGUAUGCCCUUGAUCAGAGUAUGGAGUUCAUGAGAUCUUAUAUGAACCAGGACAUUUCGGAGUACAAGUGCGAAGAUAAUAAACCACCUAUAUAUAUGCCCCAUAAACCAGUAACCGGAGUAAUAGGAGCUUCCUUCAGUGUAGUUUCCAUCAUGGUUGCUAAUAUUCUAAGACUUUUUAAGAUACCCCAAGUGAGCUAUGCGUCAACCAGCACUGAAUUAUCGGACAAAAGUCGUUUCGAGUAUUUCAGUAGAGUCGUACCACCAGACAGUUUUCAAGCGCAGGCCAUGGUCGAAGUGAUACAUCGUUUAGGAUGGAAAUAUGUUUCUACGGUGGCCGUCGAAGGUGAUUAUGGUGAAAAGGGUAUCGCCAGUUUUAUAUCGUUAUCCUUGGAAUACAACAUUUGCGUUGCUGUAAGCGAGAAGAUAUUACGAAAUUCGAAGACCGUAGACUUUGAUAGGAUCAUAGAGAGACUAAGCACGAAACAUAAUGCUCGAGGAGUCGUAUUGUUCGUUGAUGAAGAUAAUAUAAGAAAACUUCUUCAAGCUACAGUGAGAGCCAAUCGUACGGGUCACUUCAUGUGGGUUGGUAGUGACUCUUGGGGCGCUAAAGUUUAUCCGGUGAGAGAUCAAGAAUUUGCUGCGGAGGGUGCUAUCACUAUACUACCCUAUAGAACUGCUCUUCAAGGUUUUGACGAUUACUAUCUUAAUCUUCGACCAAGAAUGGCUAAUGAAUGUCAAGGACAAAGUGAAAAUAAUGUACCACACAAAUCAUUACCCGGAAAAAUAGUAAAUUGUAGGAACAUAUGGUUCCGGGAGUUUUGGUCGCAACACCAUAAAUGCACUUUCAGUCAAAAUGCUUCGACCGAAAUGACGCGAUGUACUGGUACUGAAGAACUUAAGGAUUACGAACAAGAAGGACUAGUACCUUUUGUUGUUGAUGCUGUAUAUGCAAUGGCUCAUGGAGUUCACAACGUAAUAGAGGAAGAAUGCGUAAAUGAAUUUACUGGAAUGCAUUAUGUUUGCGAAGCUUUAAAGCCUGCACCCGAUGGGCAACAACUUCUACAGUAUAUCCGAAACGUUACCUUCUUUGGUCGUCAAGGUACAGAAAUUAAAUUCAAUACCAAUGGCGAUGCCUACGGGUUUUAUAAUAUUUAUCAAUAUCAACGUAACGAAGAAAAUCGUUUUGAUUACACUUUGAUUGGCACUUGGAAAGAAGAAUUGUUUUUUGAGAUCAAUAUGACUAGAUGGGCAACAGGAGCUGGUGAACUUCAUAUACCAAGAAGUUCCUGUAGUGAUAAUUGUCCUUUAGGUCACGUUAGAAAUUUCCAGGAGGCAUGUUGUUGGAGAUGUGUAGCUUGUCGAGAAGAUGCUUAUGUGUUCAACGACACUUGCAGCAGUUGCGGACCUGGAUACGCUCCUGACGAAACGAAAACAAGUUGCAUCAAACUAACAGCCGAAGUUAUAUCAUGGACGAGUCCUUGGGCAUUGGUACCACUAGUUUUCGCUUCCAUUGGCAUUCUCAGUACCCUUUUCACAACGUUUGUAUUCAUUCGAUUCAAUCGUACCCCAGUGAUCAUGGCUUCUGGUCGAGAACUAUGUUACGUUCUACUCGUUGGGAUUUUAUCUUGUUACGGGAUGAGCUUCAUUAUACUGAGCAAACCAACAACAUGGAAUUGCACGUAUCUUCGUAUUGGUCUAGGCCUUUGCUUGAGUAUUUGUUACAGUGCAAUACUCACCAAGACUAAUCGUAUUUCACGUAUAUUUAAUCAAGGUACGAAAAGUAUCAAAAGACCUUCAUACACGUCACCAAAGAGUCAAGUUGUUAUUGCUAUCGGGAUCACUGCAGUCCAACUGAUCGGUGCCAUCGUUUGGCUGAUUAUCGAACCACCUGACACUACAGAGAUCCAUCCGUAUCCACUCUCAGCUGUAUUAACAUGUCGUGUCUCAACGUUCUCUUUGAUGAUGUCUCUUGUAUAUAACAUGUUCCUCAUACUGAUGUGUACUUUGUACGCAUUUAAAACAAGGAAAAUACCAGAGAACUUCAACGAAGCUAAGUACAUUGGUUUUACCAUGUAUUCUACCUGUAUAGUCUGGCUUGCCUUUGUACCGAUUUACUUUGGUUCGAAGAAUGACUACAAGGUCCAAAUAGCAAGCAUGUGUAUGUGUAUCAACAUCUCUGCGUCCGUUGCUCUUGGCUGUCUGUUCACACCAAAGGUUUAUCUUGUAUUAUUUCAACCUUACAAAAAUGUACGACCUGGUCCUAACCCAGGAGGUGUUCAUAGUAGUAAUAGACCAACAUUCAUGAUGCGAUUUUCGGGUGCGAGGAGUCAAACGAUGCAGAGCAUGACCUCAGGAUCACGUAGCAGCCCUCCCCCAUCACGAGCAUCUCGAAGUGAGCAAAAGCAUCCAAAUGGUGAAACUCAAGCACUAGCAAGCCCGUCAGUCGAAGAGACAUCAGUUAGCUAGGUCGCUCUCAUACACCUCCCUCCUUGUCCAGAGCAUCGUCCGAAGAUGCAUGAGACUGAGGUGGAGGUGUAUGUCGAUGAAGAAAUCGUAAGAAAUACAGAGAAACUCUCGAUCGUUAGCGAAUUAUCAGAGUUGCCAGAUGUGCCGAGUCCUGACGAGGACUAUGACCUUGAACAGGUAACUACGCCGAUCAACAGCAUCUCUGAAAAGAUAGAUGUCUCUACGAAAUUGAACGAUCGUUUGAACGAGGAACAUAUUGGACGUAUCUAUAGUGCAUCUCCAACAUUCUCCGAUUUUUCAUCAUAGUGGUCGACGUCAAUCGUUUCUUCAUUUCGUCGAAUUAUUCAAUUAUGAUCUAUACUCGAGUGCAACUUCGUACUCUCGAGAUAAAGUAGUAUAAAGAAAUCUUUUUACUAUUUCAAUCGGUAAGUAUGACUAUAAAAUCGUCCAAAAACACUUUUCAAGAAAUUUCGCAAAUGUUUUAAGGUUCUAAUCAAACAUAUGUAUUCGUACGCAUAUGUAAUGACCUAAUCGUUCAUUCAUAAAUGAUAUUUUUCAUAGUCAUUUCUCUCGUUGACAUCUUCGAAUAUACUUCAGAAAACGGAUUAACGAUACUUGGUUCGUUUUUAUGAGAACAAUUUUGAUCCUAAUUAUUCGUUUUUAUCAUCCAUUUAUAGGGCGAAAUGUUUCUGUAAAAUAUAUGAUAUAUGAUAUACAAUUGAUUUUUCAAUCGCGUUAAACGCAAUUAUAAUUAAUUAUCACGUCCGAUAAUUAAGACGAUAUUGUACAGAGUUAGAAGCAAAUUCCCACUUGCAGCACGAUAAGAAUUGCUAGGUAAGAGAAGAAACACUAUGAAUAAUGAUGAUAACGAUAGUUUUUAAUUCUAUAAAUAUUAUUGAUGAUCGUGUCUAUAUUCGUAGUAAGAGAAAUUAAUAGGUAUAAAGAAAAAUUCGAUUUUCCAUGUUUCUUUCAAUAUUGAUUUUUUUUUUGCAGAAAUACUAUUGCAUAUCGAAAAAAAAAAGAAAAUGGAUUUAACUAUAGGACUAUAAGCGUCAAAUAUAAGGCUCUUAAAUAUUUUCACGAACAUCGAUUUUAAAAUAUUUCUUCCUGAAUCGCCUGUAUUUCAUAUUUUUAUUGCAUCGUCUGUCUCGAAAAGCACUGCUGUUUUUUUGUAUGAUACUAUUUAAUAGAAUCUUUAUAUUAGAACAAAAGAAA